GGCGUGCGAAUGUCAAGGAACCCUCGGCCGCGGCCUCAGUCGCAGCCGACAUGUCUGCGCGCGCGCACGCCACACGCGCCUCACGCGCGCUGCGCCUGCUCCUGGCCCUCGCAGUAGUAGCGCACUACGCUCGCGGAGAUGACAUAACGUGCGCCCGCGACGGGCUCUACGCCGACUACGAGACAGGAUGCAGGGAGUACGUGAGAUGCACUUCGGGCGCCGUGCAGCGACGAUACGCAUGCGGGCCGGGCCGGGUGUUCAGCGAGGCGGCGGGCGCGUGCGUGCCGCGCCGCCGGUACCCCUGCAUCCGUCGCGAGUGCGCCCCCGCCGACACGCUGGCCUACGCCACCCCCGGCACCGCCUGCCGGCACUACUACCGUUGCGAGAACGGCACCGCUGUGGACCACACCUGCCCCUCGGGCUCGUGGUUCGAUCUGGACCGGCAGGCAUGCUCGCGUGGCGCCGGCACCUGCUACGAGCCGCUGUGCGCCGGCCUGCCGGAUGGCGAUUACCCAGACUCUUCGCAUGAAUGCAGGCGCAAGAUGGUGUGCCGGGGCGCGGAGCUGCGAGCGGUCGCCUCGUGGCCCGGAGGUACCUGCGUUGACCCGUGUCCGCCACCGCGAUCGGCCGCAAUCCCACUGCCGGCAGGCGAUGCGGACUUCUGCUCCGAUGAGGUUUGCUCGUCCUUGUGCCAGCACGCGGCCGACGGCGCCUACGCGGACCGCUCGACGGGCUGUCGAGAAUACUUCGUCUGCGAAGCGAGGAGAGUGAUCAGACGUGGAGUCUGCGAAACGGGUCUGCUGUUUUCGAACGGCGGCUGCGAGCCCGUGGGACGCGCCUCCUGUCCACCGCCAGCGCGAAGCCAGUGUUUUAACCGGCAGGACGGAAGGUACCGGGACUGGCGCGACUGUAUGUCCUGGUACGACUGCAGGCGAGAGAGAGUCGUGGCGCGCGGGACUUGCGAUUCAGGGUUAGUGUUCGACGGUGCGAAAUGUGUUCCGCCGAACACGUUCUCGUGCGAGGGGCCAGAGGAGUCGCCCUCGUGCGAGGGUAUGCCAAGUGGGACCUACCAGGAUCUCGAGUCGAAUUGCACGAAAUACUACCACUGCGAGGGUUCCCUGCGGACGGUGCUGAAGUGCCCGAGCGGGCUGAUCUACGACGGCGCGCGGUGCUCGCCGGCGGCGCGCUACCUGUGCCCGAGCCUGGACCGGGACUCCUGCUACGGGCGCGCAGACGGGCGAUACCGCGCGGGCGACACGGGCUGCCGCGGCUACUACGCAUGCCUGGGCGGGGAGAAGGCGGUGUACGCGUGUGCAGUGGGCUUCGUGUUCGACGGAGAGAGCUGCGUGCCCGCGCGCCGCCACCUCUGCCCCAGCGAGGACUACUCCUGCCUCGGUCUCUCCGACGGCUAUCACGCCGAGAUCGAAACUAGCUGUCACAGAUAUUUCUACUGUCAAGGGGGUGACCGAUUGGCGACUCUGUCAUGUCUCGGAGGCAAAAUCUUCGACGGUCAUGCUUGCGUUGAACCCUCGCGUCACGAGUGCGGGGGCCAAAGGACGGACAUUAUCGAAAAUAGUGACACAAAAUGCGAACAAGGCUUCUUCCUUCAACCGGGCACCGAGUGCAAAAGUUACUAUUUCUGUGUGUUGGGCUCUAGGACUUACCUUAGUUGCCCCGCAGGCCAAGUGUUUAAUGGACAAUUGUGCGUACCCAAAAAUCAGUAUACAUGCCCGGGCUGAAAGUGUUUCGGUAACCCUUUGACCGCUACUGCUGCCCACGGCUGGUGGAACUGGACCCGUGGAAGGAUUCGCGAUUAAACGAUGUACCUGAUACCAAAAGGCUGUGAAUAUCACUAACAUAUCUACAGCACUAUAGUUAAGAGUUUUUUAAACAUAUCGCUGAAAAGACAGUGACCAAGUGUUAAAUUUGUUAAGUUUUUUCUAUCUACCUCCAUAGUAAUUUUACGAGUUUU